GAAGAAACAAAGCAUACUCCCUUUCCCUCAUAUACACACAUACACGCGUUCACGCACACACACCGUGUGCUAGAGCGGCAGAGUGGAGCGUAAGCAGAAGAGAAUGGGCAGAUCUCAGAGUCAGGGGGAGAGAGAGGCAGAGAGAUACACACUCUCCUCUCACCAAGAGUAACAGGAGAGAGAGAGUGAGAGAAGGAGGGAAGACAGUACUGGGACUACUCACACACUCUCUCUCACAGACAGACGCUAGCUCGCGUGAGCUGCUUCCAGGCUGGACGGGAAUAGAUGGUCUCCCACUACACACACUCACACACACACAGACACACACACUGAGUUUCGUGCCAUGGUGGUCCAGGGGGCUGUAACCCCGGGUAGGACCCGCAGACUCAUGCUCAAACUACCGGUGGGAACAUUACGACGGAACAGUGGAGAGAGGAUGACGGAGGGGCGGCGAUGUCAGGUCCAUCUCCUGGACGACAGGAAGCUGGAGCUCCUUGUACAGCCCAAGCUGAUGGCCAAGGACCUGUUGGAUCUGGUGGCCUCCCACUUCAACCUGAAGGAGAAAGAAUACUUUGGGAUCUCCUACACAGACGAAACAGGUCAUUUCAGCUGGCUGCAGUUGGACCGGAGGGUUCUAGAACACGAGUUCCCCAAGAAGUCUGGACCCAUCGUCCUAUACUUCUGUGUCAGGUUUUACAUAGAGAGUAUUUCCUACCUGAAGGACAAUGCUACUAUUGAACUCUUCUUCCUCAAUGCUAAGUCCUGCAUAUACAAGGAGCUCAUUGAGGUGGACAGUGAGGUGGUAUUUGAGCUGGCCUCCUAUAUCCUACAGGAGGCUAAAGGUGACUUCAUCAGUAAUGACGUGACAAGGUCAGACCUGAAGAAGCUUCCAGCUUUGCCAACUCAGGCCCUGAAGGAACACCCAUCUCUGGCCUACUGUGAGGACCGGGUGAUAGAACACUACAAGAAGCUCAAUGGACAGUCCAGAGGGCAGGCCAUAGUCAAUUAUAUGAGCAUCGUUGAGUCCCUGCCUACAUAUGGAGUACAUUACUACACUGUUAAGGAUAAGCAGGGAAUUCCGUGGUGGCUGGGACUGAGUUAUAAAGGAAUCUUCCAGUAUGACUACCAAGACAAGGUCAAACCCAGGAAGGUGUUCCAAUGGCGUCAGCUGGAGAACCUCUACUUCAGAGAGAAGAAGUUCUCAGUGGAAGUUCACGACCCCAGGAGUAGGGCGUCGGUGACCAGAAGGACGUUUGGCCACAGUGGUAUAGCUGUCCACACCUGGUACGCUUGCCCUGCUCUCAUUAAGUCUAUUUGGGCCAUGGCCAUCAGCCAACACCAGUUCUACCUGGACCGCAAGCAGAGCAAGUCUAAGAUCCAUGCGGCUCGUAGUCUCAGUGAGAUAGCCAUCGACCUGACAGAGACUGGAACUCUGAAGACAUCUAAACUGGCCAACAUGGGCAGCAAGGGCAAGAUAAUCAGUGGCAGCUCCGGCAGUCUGCUCUCCUCAGGUUCCCAGGAGUCGGACAGUUCUCAGACAGCUAAGAAAGACAUGCUGGCAGCCCUGAGGGCCAGACAGGAGGCCCUGGAGGAGACUCUCAAACAAAGACUAGAGGAACUCAAGAACAUCUGUAUCAGAGAGGCGGAGUUGACAGGGAAGCUGCCUAAGGAGUAUCCAUUGGAUCCAGGGGAGGAGCCUCCGACGGUCAGAAGGAAGAUUGGUACCGCCUUCAAACUGGACGAACACAAGAUCCAUCCCAAAGGAGAGGAGGAGGAGCUAGAACGUCUAGAGAGGGAGUUUGCCAUCCAAUCCCAGAUCACGGAGGCUGCAAGGCGUCUGGCCAGUGAUCCGCAUGUGAGCAGUAAGAAGCUGAAAAAACAGAGGAAGACGUCGUACCUGAACGCGCUGAAGAAACUCCAGGAGAUAGAGAACGCCAUCAACGAACACCGUGUCCGCUCUGGGAAGAAACCCACGCAACGCGCUUCGCUUAUCAUAGAGGGUGAGACUACACACAUGCUGAGAGAAUCGCUUAUAAGAACCACAUCGCGUAAUAAAGAGGAGGCCAACAUCGGCUCAGAGGACAGCUCUCUGUCUGAUGCUCUGGUCCUAGACGACGAUGACCCCCAGGUGACAGGGACCCCCACCUACUCUCCGGCAGCGUCUCCCCAUAAGGGCCUACCUCCCCGGCCUCCCUCUCACAGCCGGCCCCCUCCCCCCCAGUCUCUAGAUGGCCUCAGCCACCUGCACUACUCCCGCUCCGAAUACGACAAGUCCCCCAUCAAACCCAAGAUGUGGAGUGAGUCCUCGCUGGACGAACCCUAUGAGAGGGUCAAGAAACGCUCCUCACACUCCAGUCACAGGCGGUUUCCCGGCUCUGGUAGUUGUGCGGAGGCAGGAGGCAGUAACUCUCUGCAGAGUAGCCCCAUCAGGAGUGUUCCUCACUGGAGCUCCCAAUCUAGCAUGCCCUCCACCCCCGACCUGAGGACCAGGACCCCUCACUACGUACACUCAACCAGGUCUGUGGACAUCAGUCCCACCCAUCUGCACAGUCUGGUUCAGCACUUUAGGAACCGCAGCUCCAGCCUGGAAUCUCAGGGCAAGCUGCUGGCCUCCGACCCCGACACACACACUCACACACACACCCUGGGAGCCCUGGGCAGCCCAGACAUCUUCCUGGUCCCGGGUACACGCAGCUCCAACGGCUCGGACCCGCUGGACGACUGUUCGUCCUGUACCUCCCAGAGCAGCUCAGAACACUACUACCCUGGGGGAGCCCCAGGCUCCAACCCAAACUACUCCACCUUAGGAGAGGACUCCCCCUCCAAAGCCAGACAGAGACAGAGACAGAGGCACAGGUCUGCAGGUCACCUUGGUUCCUCUAACUCUGGCUCCAUGCCCAACCUGGCAGCCAAGAACGGUUCAGGGUGCGGUGGUACAGGGGGAGCAGGGACUGGGUCAGGGCACCACGGGGUGUACCUCCACAGCCAGAGCCAACCCUCAUCCCAGUACAGGAUUAAAGAGUACCCCCUGUACGUAGAGGGCAGCCCCAACCCAGUGGUGGUGCGCAGCCUGGAGAGUGACCAGGAGGGCCACUACAGCGUCAAGGCCCAGUUCAAAACCUCCAGUUCCUACACAGCCGGGGGCCUCUACAAGGAGACCUGGGGGGGCGAGGAGGGGGGAGAGGGGAGCGGCAGACUCACCCCGUCCCGCUCCCAGAUUGUACGGACUCCCUCACUGGGGCGAGAGGGGGGAGGAGGGGGGAGGGCGGUGGUGUCGGACGAGUUGAGGUGUUGGUACCAGCGCUCUUCGGGCAGUGUAAAGGAGAGGAGUCACUCCGGCUCCAACACGUCGGACAGUGGCUCGCUGCAAGGCACGCUGGGACCUGGACGAGGGAGCAGGGUGGGGACGCUCGCCAAGAGAUCACCAGCAGCGUCCCCUCACAGCCCGAGGAGUGUGACUCCCUCCAGUGAACAGGCCGCCACACCCACGCCCCCCUGCAGCCCACAACACAUCCUCAACUGGCAGAGCGGGUCAUUCAAUGAUAGUUGUUUUCUCAGCAGUCCUCUGUGUUCAGAGCUGGCAGAUGUCCAGUGGUACGGACACGACAAGGCCAAACCUGGAACCCUGGUCUGACCUACUGACCCUUACUGACCCUCAACACUGACCCUUACUGAUCCUCAACACUGAUCCUUACUGACGCUCAAUACUGACCCUUACUGCCCCCACCAACCUCUCCUCCAGCCCUGACUAGACUGGCCUUAUCAUGGACAGGAAACCCUUAUCCAUCCCUCCCUUCUUCCGUCUUUUCCUUUAUCAUUCUAUGUGCAUAUCGAGCUUGGCUAAGCUUGGGGGUAAUAGGACGGACACGCCCAACUGGGCAGGACUAUUGCUUUGGAACAGCCAAACAGAGCCGCUGAACGAUCGUGAACUCUGACCGUGAACGCUGACCUUUAAUCCCUGACCCUGCUUCAGUCUGAGCCCCAGGGAGCCCAGGAGUGGGAAAGGGGGGAGGGGGGUAAGAGCACACACACACACACACACACACACACACACACACACACACACCCCUGCCCAGACUGCACUCAGACCCUCAGGCCCUGACUUAUAUCUACCCCUGACCCCUGACCCCAGUGUGUUGCCAGCCAAUCAGAGGAUACCUGAAGGAUUAAAUCCUCUCCCAUGUGUUUUGGCUCAUGUUCUGGCCCUGUGUGUGUGUACGCUUGAUCUGCUAGGUUCAUUUCAUUGUUGAUGUUUUUGUUUAUUUCUCUCUGUAUCGUUUUGUACAAAAAAAAUGAAAAUAUUGCUUGAGAGAGA